CAGGGCCGGAGCCGCCUGCGCGGCUCCUCAGUCUGGGGGUCCCUCGGCAUCUCCCGGGAGGGGAGGGUUGGGCUGUGGGCGGCUCGCGUUCCCUCCAUAGGGAACCCUUGGGUUACAUUGCAAAGAGCCGUCUGCACUUAGGCUCGCGCAUUUGGUUAUGUGGUUCAGGGUUUUAAAAACCCCCCAGCGCCUGAACCCCGGUUCCUGCAGCAGCGCGGGAUUUGCUGUCGCUGCGCUGGAGCAGAGCGUGUUACCUACUGCAAAUCAAAGAGUGCUCUGCUUAUAGGGUUCUUCAUGGCUUUCUGAUGCGCUGAUUUGUCCCUGAUUCGUUGUUCUAAUCACAUUGAUCUGUUUUGUGUCCUUGCAGAGAAACAGAGUGUGUGUUCUGGGUGUCACACCUUGACUUCUGAGCAUGGAGAAGGAACAGGUUUCCAAACGUUUGUAUGUUGGAGGGCUUGGCCAUACGGUUUCCAAGGCUGAACUGGAAGAAAGAUUUGGCAAGUUUGGGCGUGUUUUGGAGGCAGAGAUCAUUACCAGAAAAGAUGAUCAGGGGAACCCUACGAAAACUUUUGGCUACAUCAGUGUCAACAUUUCUGAUGCAGAUCUGAGAAAGUGCAUGUCAAUUUUAAAUAAAACAAAAUGGAAAGGGGGGACCCUGCAAAUUGAGUUGGCCAAAGAAAGCUUUUUGCAGAGGCUGGCCACGGAGAGGGAGGAAGCAAAGCUGCAGAAAGAAAAACCACAGAGAAAUGACCAAAUGUGUCUGUUGGAAUCACUGAAAAAGACUGGAGUUGUGGAUUUCCACAUGAGAGCAGUACCAGGUACAGAGGUGCCAGAUCAUAAGAAGUGGGUUGUUGGAAAAUUUGGCAGAGUCUUGCCUAUCCUGCACCUCAGGAAUCAACAAAAAAAUAAAGUGGUGAAAUAUGACCCCUCAAAGUACUGCCAUAACCUUAGGAAGCUGGAGCCAGACCUGGCACAUGCAGCUCCUGUAUCCCAGCUCACCUGGCACCUGGAAGGGGGAGAUGACAGCACAACCAGGAAGCGGCGAGGGGAAUUCCCUGGGAUGAGAAAACCACUGAAGAAACGGAGGCAGCUGGGCAGCGAGGCCUUGAAUGGAGCAGCUCUGUCCUCUGGGUGUCCAAAACACACAGACUCACCACAGCUCAACCAGAAAUCAAAACCCAAACCUAGUGAGGAGUUGGAAUUGCUUCCAGCAAUGAGGCUUGAUGGGAGGAUACCAGGGAGAGGUUUAUUACCAGAUCAAAGCAAUGCAAAUGGAGUUGCAGCCAAAAAUAACACAAGUGUUUCUGAUAGUGACAUUGAUUCUGAAGAGGAGAUCAGAGCAAUGGUAAAAAAAGAGACAGAAAGACAUAAAGCUGAAAAUGUUGAGACUGGAAGUGAGCACUUGGAAGUUGUUGGGGAUAAUUUUGAGUUAAAAUACAGUAGUCAUUGGUCCUUAAGCAAUUCAGAUGCCAUGAAGAAAGCUAUCAAAGGAAGUAACAGAGAGAAAGAGACUAUGGAGUGUGAUAAUGGUUAUGAUUCAGCAGAUACAGAUGAAAUUAUUGCUGAAAGUAAAACUCCAGAAGAUUCUAAACAGGGGAAGGUGAAAAAUAAAGAAAUAUUAGCUAAAAAAAAAUGCAGUUUGGUAAAUGGCUCCUCACUGAAAACUCAUAGUUUAAAAGAAGAGCGCAUUGAAAGAAAAGGGAAAAUGAACAAAUCCAAAAUUGCUGCCUUGCAGAGUACAGCAACCAGCAGUACAACAGAGAUACAUGAUAGUGACAGCUCUUGCUCAGAGUCUGAGAAAGGGGAGUCUGAAAUCAGCUCUGAUUAUGAGUCCAUGAUGCAAAACUGUUAUCGCUUAGACCUGACCUUGGAUGACUUAAAAGCACUGGCUACAGAAAACACUGGGACACCUGCAGGGGGGUCAGGCAGUGCACAGAGUCCUUGUCAGUCCAGUGCUGAAGAUAAUCCCAAGGAUAAUAUUGUAAAUAAAGCAAAACUUCCUAAAUUUCAUCCUACAGUUAAAAAAAAAGGUGUCUGUCCUGAAGAUGUUCUGGCUGAUAUUUUAGCAGGGGAGGAGGAUGCUGUUGAGGAAAGCUCCAAGGGACAAAAUAAUUCACAUUUGAAAUACCAGCCCUUCAGAGGAAUGGGGUCCCUUUGUGUGAAAGAGUUAAGUAAGGAGAGCACUGAGUUAAAGAAGAAGUCUGUAGAAAGUUUGGGACUUGAAGCUUGUACAUCUUAUUGUGGGGAGGAGUCAUCCAAAAAUCAGCCAAAGAACCAUCCAUCGUGUUCACUUGAAGUCAGCAGCAAAAAGAGACACAAAAUGCCUUGUGAACAACACAAGGAGCUGUCAGCUGCUGCCUCCUCAGCAGCUGGCUCCAGGCCUCAUUUGCAAGGGAAGAACAAAGGUGUGAGUUCUCUACAAGACCAAAACUCAGAGCAUGGAGCUGCUGCUGCCAGUACUGAUCAGAGUGAUGGGAGCAGUGACACGGACAGUGAUGCUGCAGGGGCCCAGGAACACAUUAAACAGCAGCUGAAGAGCCCAAAACGGCUUUCCAAAACAUUUAAGAGGAAUACAUGCAAAAAAAAUCCAGAAUGUGAAGGUAAUGAAGGUGGGAAUGGGAAGACAAGCCUUCUGGAAGAUAAGGAGCUUUGUCUUCAUGCUGCUGCCUCAAAAGAGCCCAGUACAAUAGAGAAACAGCUCCAGGACAACCAGAGGAGGCUGGCAGCUCUGGAAGAGAGAUACAGAGAGAGAGAAUUACAGAAGAAACUCAUUCAAGGAGCUCUUUCUAAUCUGGAUAAGCAGCCAGCAGAAAAGCACAAACACAUCAUAUUCGAUUCCGAUGAGGAAAAUGAAGCUGAAGUGGAUGAGAUGUUGAAAAAAGAUGCAAGUUCAGGAAAUAUGCAUGGAGAAGAUAAGUCAGCUUCCAAACCUUCGGGCAGACUGUUUGAUAGCAGUGAGGAUGAGCAAGAGGAUACAGACGAUGAGCGAUUCAAAAUUAAGCCCCAGUUUGAAGGCAAAGCUGGUGAAAAACUCCUGAAGCUGCAAUCCCGCUUUGGCACCGAUGAAAGGUUUCGCAUGGAUGCUCGCUUCCUUGAGAGUGACAGUGAAGAAGAAGCAGAGACAAACAGCCUGAAAGCAGAUGAAGAAGAGGAGCUUGCUGCAGAGAAAAAGAAAAAUCUGCAAAUACUGGGAAGCCUCCUGAAUAUCAACCUGGAGCAGCCCAAGCCAAAUAAAACAGCCACGAGUGUGAAGAAAUUCAAAGAUAUUAAUGCCCUCCGUUAUGACCCCACAAGAGAGGACCAUGCAGUUUUUGAAAGGAAACCAAGUGCUACAGAAAAUGAGAGGAAAGCCAAAAGGAAGAAGAAAGAAGAGAGUGAGACACUGCCUCAAGUGUCUGAAGACAUCUAUUAUGAUAUUGCUGCUGAUUUAAAAGACUUGUUUGGAUCUUCAAAGAAAAAAACAGAAAACACUGAGGACAUACCCUGGGACAAAGAGGAUGCGCAGGACUCUGUCCCAGCUGACCAUCUGGGACCUUUGCCUGCGAACGACGUAGCUCAGGAGUCGAGUGUUUUCAAAUUUUCCUUCUUUGGAGACACACAGGAGUCGGGCAUGAAAGAAGAGCCUUACAUACUUGGACCAAUAAAACCGGUGAAAGUCACAUGGCAAGAGGAUCCACGUUUCCAAGACAGCAGUUCUGAGAGUGAUGAUGAGCCUGAACCAUCAGAAAUUGGAAAGGACCAAGAAAUGCAAGUUCCAUUUGUAUUUGUUCUCUCCUUGGUUGUCGUAGUUGGAUGCUGUGGGCAUAUUAAGAGCAGCACUCAGGAAACGGGAAACGGACAUUGCACACCUCUGAGCAGUGAAAGUCAUCUUGGAAAACCGUCUGUGCUGCACCGAGUCAAAACUCCCAGCAGCCCAUUUGAUGUGAAGCUGAAUAUGAAGAGAGAGAAGUUGAGCACAAGAAAUUAACUGGGUCGUUUUGGUUUGACCAAACCCAAACUGAGUUUGGCCAAAAGCCAAAGACACAGUCAGUUUUCUUUUAAAAAGUGGGGUUUUUAUAGAAGGCUCUGUUUGGUUACUGUGGAGUAAAGCUCUUCAAUGUUUACCAUUUCUCUGAAGCGCUGCAGCUCUAACUCGUGUUCAUGGAAUUUGAUAGUGCCUUUUAGGAUGCUAAAAUCCCUUUGUACUUGUCUAGGUUUCUUUCUUUACCACACACGGAAAGUGCUAGAGUCUUCUUCUUCUCCAAAGAUGAUGAACGCCUAAGAGGUACAACAGAACUUAUUCACCC